AUGACGUGCUUCCUUCGCGCAUCCAGCACGACCGUGCGCUUCCUCAACGUCGUCGUCGCGCUGCUCCAGGUGACUGCCGGUCUCAACGGCGUGUUUAGCUUGACCCACCUUAUGACGCUCGACUGGGCACCCGUCUUCAUCUCUGCGUACGCGAUGCUGGUUGCGAUUCCGCUCCUCCUCUUCGAGUGCAAGUGCAAGGUCUUUCAGACGUCGCUGCGCCACCACUGCGGCUUUCUCUUCCACUUUUACGGCCGGUGCGGGUACCUCGUGUUCAUUGCGCUCCUCGACGUCGGCGUGCCCGGUGGUCUCGGCGUCGUCGCGGCGCUCACGAUUGCGGGAACGAUCGGCCUCAUGCUCUUCCUCCGCUGCUGCGGCGCCAAGGACGAUAUUGUCGACGAAGAGAUGGCGCUGACGAGCCGCACCGCGGCGCAGGACUACCAGGCGCUCGCGUCCUCCAAGGCUGUCAAGAAGGUCGUCAAGCUCGCGAGCAUUACGACGACCGACCUUUGA